AUGGCAGUCAUUGAACCGUCAACGCUGAAUGAACGAACGACAGCGAAACUAGAGGCCCCGCCUUUAAACCCCGGUUUCGCAAGCCGCCGCGGUGUUGACUUCCCCGCCGAAGAUUGUGAAGCAGCCAACACAGGAGGAGCUGCUGUUCCAGGUGGCUCUCCCUGGGGAAGUGGACAAGCCCUUCAUUAUAGAGUGCGAGGCGGAGGGAGAACCCGCGCCCAACCAAACCCAAGUUUAGAAGUCCACAACUUUGUAACUGGGAUGAAGUUGGAAGCUUUAAACCCUCAAGACAUGAAGUCAAUAAGGCCAGCAACUGUCACUAAAGUGUUCAACAAUUACCAUUUCCGGGUCACUAUUGACGACCAUGCCGAAGACUAUGAAGAUUCCAAAAUGGCGUGGAUUUGUGAUUCCAAGCACCCAUACAUCUUCCCAAUAGGCUGGGCUCAAAAGUAUAAUAUUACAUUCAAAACGCCAAAAAUUUGGAAAGAGGGUAAGUUUGAUUGGGACGAAUAUUUGUCCAUGACUUCAUCAGUCCCCGCUCCGGAGUAUUGCUUCGGAAACAAAACGCCACUGAAGGGCAUCGAAGUCGGAAUGAUGUUGGAAGCGGUCAAUCCUCAGAACCACGAGGAAAUCCACGUCGCCAAGAUAGAUGCUAUAGUUGAACAUAUGCUGUGUGUUGAGCUACUGCCUAUCGGGGAGAAAGUGUGGUACGCUCAAGACAGUGUUCUCUUAUUCCCGGUCAGUUGGUGUGACAGUAACAACUACGCUUUGCACAUACCUGACACAUCAGCGGCCAAAGAGCCUCCAAAGGUACCCGAAACAAAAACUGUACAUGUUAAUUCCUCGGAGGAAUGGUGUGAUAGAAUAUUUUUCAAUUACAAGUGUUACGCCGGGCCUUUGAUAAGUAGGAACAAGCUAUCGCAGUUGCCUAAACACGUGGGUCCGGGGCCGCUGACGCUGGUGCUCAGAGAGGUGUUGAACAAGAUGAUAUCGGCUUCGUACAAACCGGCCAAGCUGUUGAAGGACUGGGAAUCGGAUGAGCUGCCCGAGGAAGGGAUGAGACUGGAAAUGUUUAGAGCCAAAGUGAAAUCCGGCACCUACCACGCCUACGUGCCUAUAGCUUUAACCGUGGACCAAGUGUUGCCGUUCUGCAAAGACAUGUGCGCCAAGAUGCAGGCCUGCCCGUGUCUGUUCGGCCCCGAGGAGUACCCCGGCCCGUGUCCCAAUAACUGCCAGAACGUCGACAAAUCUAUGAUCCAAAAUGGCACGGAUCGCCGCGGAAGACCUAAGGAAAGCACAUUAACUGGCAAGCGGAAAAGAAAGAAGUGUACUCAAGAGAAGAAAGAAAAGCUGCUUUCACAAGAGACUGCUAGCAAUGAUGGAAAGUCUGCAGAGAGUGAACAAAGCGCUGGUUCCACACCGCCUUCCGAAUCUGGGACCAGGCCGAACUCUCCGGACAGCGGCGACUGCAAGAAAACCCAGAAGAAACGACGUGAACGCAAAAACGAAUACCCGAAACUUGAAAUGAAAACUCGCGGCGCCAAACUCCCCAAUUUCGCCAUACAAAUGAAAGAAGCCCAUUGGAACAAAAAAGAUGUAGAGACGAUGUACAAUAAUUCUUGCGCUCAAAAGAAAGGACACACCCCAGAUAGCGACACUGAGAACGACACUAAUGGAAGCAGCUCCAAUUCCAGAGACGCCAAGAAUAUUUCAGAUGUUUCAGACCCUGAAGAACCCGAACUUAAGAAAUUAAAAUUCAAUACAUACGAUCCUUUGCCGUCUGAUAACAAAACGUCUGAUGAAAAGGAUACUGAUAUAGCUCAGAUAAAGGACAAACUGAAGCUAUCGUCGAAUCCGAUGGAUUGGACUGUCGAUAACGUGUACAAAUAUCUUAACAAUUCAAAAGACUGCAAUCUGAUAGCAGAUAAGAUGAGGCAAGAGAAAAUAAAUGGAGAGGCUCUCGUGAUGUUGGAAAUGCCGACGAUACGGGAGGUUCUUCACAUAAAAAAAGAAUUUGCGGUCCAUUUACGCCGUCAUAUUACGAAAUUAAGACGUUUUUACGUUGACAAUUUUGAAUAUAAGUGAUACGCGUGAUAGCUUUAAGUAGUCCAUGUGUACUAGACAACAAUCAAUUUUUUCCUAUUGUAAUAUUGGAAAUGCCGACGAUACGGGACUUCCUUCACAUGAAAAAAGAAUUCGCGGUCAAAGUAUGCGAACAUAUUCCGAAAAUAAAAUGGUUUUAUGUGACAAUUUUAAAUAUAAGAGACUUUGGUGAUAGUUUUAAGUAGAGAUGCGCCGAGUAACGAGUACCAAGUUUUACUCGCCUCAAUUUUUUUUAACCGAGUACUCGGCCGAGUAACUCUGUUCUAUCGAAUACCCUCACCAGUCGCUUGAUCGUUAGCAAACAAGUAAUCCACGUUGCGCGUCAUAGUAAUUGAAAGUUUUUAAUUAUCCAUUUACUGAGUGUAGUACUUAAUUAUAUCUACCUAAAUAUAUUGCAUUAGAACCGAGUUAUUAGGCCGAGUACGAGUAUCAAAAAACCCGCCGAAUACGCCGAGUACGAAAAAAUAAUUCGCGGUCCAAUUAUGCAAGGUUAAAAAUUUUGAAUAAAAGAGACUUCUGUGAUAGUUUUAAGUAUAAGUUC